AUGGACCUAGCCAUGGGUGAAGGAAACCUAAACGGAUAUCCAAGGGAGAAUGGAUACCCAUCCGAAAAUUAUGAAAUUAUACACAAAGAGAAGAAAAUGGAGAAGCAUGUCGAGGAGUCUAUAAAUGAGAAAAGUAAUAGUGGUGAGAGUUUGGAGGGAAAUGAUAAGUUUCAGAGAAACAAUGGAAAUAACUUGGAAAGGGAAAUUCGAAAAAGAAUAGAGAAAGCGGAGGUGAAUGGAACUAAUGAAAAGUAUCCAAAGUAUAUAAGUAAAGAGUAUAAAGUUCACUGGAGGGAAAGAGAAAGGAUACAAAAAGUAAUUAAUAAAGAAAAAGAACUUGAAAAAGACUUUUACAAAAGAGAAAAAGAAUGGAUAGAAUUAGAAGAUCAAAUUAAAAAUGAUACAUACAAAGAAUGGAAUAAAUUUCUUCAAAUAAAAAAAAAAGAUAUUGCAAAAAUGAUUGAAUUGGAUUUAAAGGGGGAACAAGAAAAUGCAAACAUGUCGUCUUCGAAAAAGAGAGAAAUUAGAAAUUCUAAAAGAAAAAAAGAAAAGGAGCUUGAUGAUUUGGACCGUUUAAACGAGAUGGAAGAAAUCAAAGAAAUGGAAGAGAUGCAAAAGAAAAAGGAGCAGGAGGAGCGAGAUAAAGUGGAAGAAGAAGAAGAAGAAGGAGAGACGACCCAUCCGGUCGAGGAAGACGAUAAAACGUGCCAAAGUAAAGCCAUAAAACAUUUCGAAAAUCAAGACCAGAAACAGUCAAACAACUUUUCUGAACGUGCAACAGAGGAAAGUAACAAAUCCAGUAAGGAUUAUGCAAAUGAAGCAAAGUUAAAGAGCAACUUUUUUAUGAAUGCAUUAUCUUUUGUUUUUGAUAGGAAUAGUGAUAAUAAAAUGGAGCAGAUAAAAGAAGAAAAAUCAUCUAGUGAUGUAACAGGGAAGAGUCAUAGAAACCCUAACGAAAAUGUGGAAUGUGCAUUGAACCAGAUGAAGAGUGGACAUAAAGCUUUCCACAAGGCCAAUGCACCCAAUUCAGAGGAAAUGAAUCCAGAACAUUCGGAUACAAACAGGAUAGAGGAAAACGGAGCAGAUGCAAGCGGAGCAGAUACAAGCGGAGCAGAUGCAAGCGGAGCAGAUACAAGCGGAGCAGAUGCAAACGAAUCAGAUGCAAACGAAUCAGAUGCAAACGAACCAAAUGGGCAGGGAGAGGUGAACAAGAAAAAAUUGAGGGGAAGAAAAAGAAAAACCAACGCCACAGAACAUAUUAACAUUAAGGUAAAUGACAAAAAUAAAAAAAGCAAAAUUACAGAUUCAGAAGAAGGAGUAAAUAAAAUGUCCACGAGGAAAGCCUUACACAAUGUAUUUAGCACAAAUAAUGAAGAUGAACUUUUUACAAAAAAGAACGUGGAAGGCACAAGAUUGGAUAAUGAUGUAGAUAAAAAAAAUCAAGCAGAGGGAGAAGAAAAAGGCGGUGGAGAAGAAGAAGGAGAAGGAGAAGAAGGAGAAAAGAUGAAAACAAUAGAUAUAAUAGAAAAUUCGAAAAAAAUUUUAGAAAAAGUGCCUUCGAGCGAAGAAGAAAUAUUUAAUUACCCCUUAAACUGGAAAGUACUAAAUUUAAAAGAUAAUAUAGGAAACAAAUUGAAACCGUGGAUAUAUAAAAAAAUCACAGAAUAUAUAGGGACAGAUGAAAAGGAAAUAAUAGAAGAAAUAAGUAAUUAUUUUGUGCAGCAAAUUUUGAAAGAAACUUCUCCUAAAGAUAUGUUGGUAGAGGCUGAAAAGUUUUUAGACUCAGAUGGAAAAAAAUUUAUUCUAAACAUGUAUAAGCUCAUCAUAUUCGAGCAGAUCAAGGUCACUAGCACUGCAUGA